UUCUCAACGUCUCAUACACACCGCUCAUGUUUUAUAGGAGCGCGACGGUUGAGCACAUCUAGAUCGAGAGGGCUGUGUAUAUUUUCACGCCAUCAUGACUUCGGAACAUUCCAUCCCGCGGAAGCUGUGGCAGCAUCCAGAUCCGAAGAGCACUCAUAUGUACAAAUUCAUGAAGAAGGCAGAAAGGCAAACAGGCAAGACCUUCAAUGACUACGGCGCUCUUUACCAAUGGUCCAUCAAGCAGCGCUCCGAAUUCUGGCGACUUACGCUAGACUACUUCCCCAUCGUGUACUCUGGCAAGGCGCCAAACCCCGUUGUUGACGAGACGGCCAGGAUCGACACAGUGCCAAAAUGGUUUCAAGGAGUCAAACUCAACUUCGCCGAAAACAUCCUCUUCUUCGGAGACGGAUACGGUCGAGCUACAGCUAAUCCAGGGAAGGAAGACGAUAAGAUUGCUUGCACCGAGGUGAGAGAGGGCUGGCAUUCGACGGAAGCCAUCAGACAGGUUACCUGGAAAGAACUUCGACAACGAGUCGGCCGCUUGUCGCAGGCCAUGAGAGCGCAAGGUAUUCGGAAAGGCGAUCGAGUCGCCCUGGUCGCAAGCAACUCGCUGGAUACACUGACCGUCUUUCUCGCCGUGACUACACUGGGAGGUAUCUUCUCGAGUUCCAGCACCGACAUGGGAACCAAGGCCCUUCUCGAACGGCUGGUGCAAAUCGAGCCGAAGCUGAUAUUCAUGGACGACUGGGCGGUCUACAAUGGCAAACGGAUCGACCUGAGAUCGAAAAUGAAGGAUCUCGCGCGAGCGAUGAAAGAUGUCAGAGGCUUUCAAGGCAUUGUAGCCCAGGCCAGGUUCCAGGACGCCCCUGCUGAUGUCUCCUCCGUGCCCAAUUGUUGCACUUGGGGCGCCUUUAUUUCCGCCGCGGGACGCUCAUCCACGCUAGAAUUCGAGCAGGUGGACUUUGGCGAUCCCAUGAUCAUCGUCUACUCUUCAGGCACCACCGGGCUGCCAAAAGCGAUCGUUCACUCUGUCGGCGGCGUUGUACUGAGCGGCCACAAGGAAUCCACUUUACACCGCCAGGUAGACUCUACAUCAACUCAGCUACAAUACACCACUACUGGGUGGAUGAUGUACAUGAGUUCCGUACAGUUGAUGUUGACGGGUGCCAGACUCAUAAUGUACGACGGCAGUCCGUUCAUUCCGGACGUUGCCGCCUUGAUCCGGCUUGUUGACGAGCAGAAUAUCACGCAUUUAGGAAUUUCACCUCGAUAUCUGCAAACUUUGCAGAUGAAAGAUAUCAGUCCAAGGCGCAUUGCGCAACUACGGCACCUACAGAUCGUAACUAGCACAGGCAUGGUCUUGUCCGAUGCUCUUUUCCAAUGGUUCUACGAUGUCGGCUUCCCACCAUCGGUCCAGUUGUGCAAUAUCUCUGGCGGUACAGAUAUCGCCGCCGCAUUCGGGACUGCGAAUCCUCUGCUUCCCGUUUACGUGGGUGGCUGCCAGUGUAUAGCGCUAGGCAUGGCGGUCAGUGUCUUUGACUCCUCGAUAGAAGGCGGACGGGGUGUGAAAGGCCAACCAGUCCCUGACGGUGUUCCGGGCGAGCUCAUCUGCACCGAAGCUUUCCCCACAAUGCCCGUCAAACUCUGGGGUGCAGACGGCCAGAAACGAUAUUUCAGCAGCUACUUUGAGAAAUACGACGGCUGCUGGACGCACGGCGAUUUCAUCAUGGUCCACCCUGUAACCAAGCAGGUGAUUUACUUUGGUCGCGCGGACGGCGUGCUGAAUCCCAGCGGCGUGCGCUUCGGCAGCGCGGACAUCUACGGUGUGAUCGACACCUUUUUUUCAGAGACUGUGGCCGAUAGUAUCUGCGUCGGGCAACGACGGCCGCAGGAUGACGACGAGAGCGUGGUGCUCUUCCUGCUAAUGAAGCCCGGAAAGCGCUUCACAGCCGACCUGGUGAGAGAAGUCAAGUCGGUGAUCCGCCGAGAGCUCUCGCCGCGACAUGUUCCCCGCUAUGUCUUCGAGACACCAGAAAUCCCGACUACAAUCAACGCGAAGAAAGUUGAACUCCCGGUCAAGCAAAUCGUGUCGGGCAAGGUCAUUAAGCCGUCCGGGACUUUGGCCAAUCCACACAGCCUGCAAUACUACUACCAGUUUGCGAAGGAUGAAAACCUGGUGGCUCAGCCGACGGCCAAGCUGUGAAAUGGCAGUAGUAGACGGCCUUGUUUUGCCAGACAGAAGCAAAACUCGGAAGACCUCUUGGGUAUACAACUUGCGUUUGGUGGUAUAUAGACCAGUAGAAUAGAAGAGCCUCUGUACACUGGACGCUAGUCUCUAGGCGCGCGAAUGGAUGUUUUCCGACGAACGUA